CCCGCCUGCCGCCGCCCGCUCCCGCGUCCCCGCGCGCCCCGCUCUCCCCGCAGCAUGGCCCGCGGCCGCCGCUGCCUGGCGCUCGCCCUGGGGCUGCUGCUGGCGCUGGCGCCGGGCGCGCUGCGGGCCAAGCCCACGGUGCGCAAGGAGCGCGUGGUGCGGCCCGACUCGGAGCUGGGCGAGCGGCCGCCGGAGGACAACCAGAGCUUCCAGUACGACCACGAGGCCUUCCUGGGCAAGGAGGACUCCAAGACCUUCGACCAGCUCACCUCGGAGGAGAGCAAGGACAGGCUGGGGAAGAUUGUUGACCGAAUUGACAGCGAUGGAGAUGGCUUUGUCACCACUGAAGAGCUAAAAACUUGGAUCAAAAGGGUGCAGAAAAGAUACAUUUAUGAUAAUGUUGCUAAAGUCUGGAAGGAUUAUGACCGGGACAAAGAUGAUAAAAUUUCCUGGGAAGAAUACAAACAAGCCACGUACGGUUACUACCUAGGAAACCCCGAGGAAUUUCAAGAUAGUUCUGACCAUAACACCUUUAAAAAGAUGCUGCCUCGAGAUGAAAGAAGGUUCAAGGCUGCGGACCUCAACGGGGACCAGACCGCCACUCGGGAGGAGUUCACUUCCUUUCUGCACCCCGAAGAGUUUGAGCACAUGAAGGAAAUUGUGGUUUUGGAAACGCUGGAGGAUAUUGACAAGAACGGGGAUGGGUUUGUGGAUCAGGACGAGUAUGUGGCGGAUAUGUUUUCCCACGAGGAGAAUGGCCCAGAGCCAGACUGGGUGUUGUCGGAACGGGAACAGUUUAAUGAAUUUCGAGAUCUGAACAAGGAUGGGAAGUUGGACAAGGAGGAGAUUCGCCACUGGAUCCUCCCUCAGGACUAUGACCAUGCGCAGGCCGAGGCCAGGCACCUGGUGUACGAAUCUGACAAAGACAAGGAUGAAAAACUAACCAAAGAGGAGAUAUUGGAUAACUGGAACAUGUUUGUGGGAAGCCAAGCUACCAAUUAUGGGGAAGAUCUCACAAAAAAUCAUGAUGAACUUUGAUGUACACCUCCAUGACACAGUUAACUAUCAUGGAGUUUUCUUCCAUUGUCAUAGUUGGUUGCUGCACUUGUCUCCUUUACAGCAUUGGGUCUCCCCCAAGCAAGUGUAUAACCUCAGAUUGGGGUUUAAACUGUUUUCCACUAAAUAUUUACUGGAAAAAAUAGUCAUCACUAUUCUUCCAGUGAAUUUUCUUGAAACUUGUGAAAAUCUUAGCAAAAUGAGGAUGCAAUGCUGAAGUCAUGACCAUUUAGCUCUUUCCACUAAGUUUAAACUAAAGGAGAAUAAGUUUAAAAAAUAAAAACCCCGUUACUCAGAAAUUACGGGGGCAGUAUAUUGAAAUGUGUGCUAUGUAUUUUGUGAAAUUUUUUUAACCUUUGCCACUUGACUAGUUGGCAAGGGAACCUUCAUAAAGGUUGUGGUAUCAUAAACAGAGGAUUAUUUCAGAACAAUUUUAAUAUUUCAGAUUCUUCCUUUUCGACUUUGUACUCUGAAUUGUUACUAUACAUGAUAUAUAAAAGUGCUGUGCAUUUGCACAUUUUCUGCUAAAAACAAAAAAAUCUCCACUUUUAACAAUUAGCAGUCAAGAUAGAUAAUGUGAAAAAGAAAGGAAUUUAGAGUAGGGAAAAGAUGAAUGUGAGGUAUGAUGAACUAUUUGAAAAUGGUAAACACUUGAUUAUACUUGAGAAAUUCUUCUUGACAUGUAUAAGAGGUAUGUGUGAAUUCUGAAAAAGUGAAUAGAAAUGCAGUCUGUUUCUUCGUGAUCAUUGAUAGAAAUGAGGGAACAAAUUGUAGGGAAACUGGCUGAAUAGUUCAUCACAUCCCAGUCCUGGGAACUCCCACACCCUGAGAUCUGUGCGGGGACAACUUACCCUGAGGAAUUAGGACCAAGUGAUAUUCCACAUCAUUGGAUGAAUGGACUGAAACAAAUUUAAAUGUAUUGAAUUCUACAUUGAAAGUAAAAAGUGAGUGAAAUAAAGGACUCUCCCCCCUGCCUCGCCCAUG